AAAAGGUACCUGUUUUGGAGAGGGGAACCUUCUGUACGCUUCGCUUUUUCUCAUUCCUGUUAAAGUGAAACAAAAAAAAUCCUUUUUUUUUUCCUUUUAUUUUCCUUUAGUAAAGAAGAUUAACAUUCGAAUCACUCUCUCUAUGUAGCUGGUCUCUAAACUCUUCGAUCUUCGAUCAGUUCAUAGGAGGAUAUGGCGUCUUCUUCGCAUAAUGUUGAGUUGGAGGCGGCGAAGUUUCUACACAAACUCAUUCAAGAUUCUAAAGAUGAGCCGGAAAAGCUGGCAACAAAACUUUAUGUGAUAUUGCAACACAUGAAAUCUAGUGGGAAGGAACAUUCAAUGCCGUUUCAAGUAAUAUCAAGGGCGAUGGAGACUGUUAUCAGUAGACAUGGUCUUGAUCUUGAGGCUUUGAAGUCAUCACGGCUUCCUCUAACUGGUGGGUCUCAAACAGUGGAUUCUACAUCGGGACAAUAUGCUGGUAAAUUGCUGUCAAUCAAGAUUCAUUUAGCUUCUCAUGGAUCUUCUCAGACUGUUGCAGUUCCAAAAGAUUCUAAAGCAGGAUUGGCCCAAAAUGAGAUGCCUAAGUUUGAUCCAUUUUCAUCCGGCAGGCCACCUGUUGGCCCAAGCAUUGCUGGACAUGAGUAUUAUCAAGGAGCUGGCACUCAUAGGAGUAGUCAGUCUUUUGAUCAUGAGAGCCCAUCUAGUUUGGACACGCGGUCUGCUAACUCACAAUCACAAGACAAACAAAUGAAUCCGAGUGAUAAUAAAAGGUCUGCAACUAAGCGAAGGAGGGGUGAUUCAUCAUCACCACUAGAACCAAAUUUUGACAAUUCCCAGCAACUUGAUUCCCGUAAUGCUGUGAAUGAUCCAAGGAAAGGGAAGAUGAAUAAGGCUGAACCUUCUGGCCCUGCUAACUACAACUUGGUCCCAAGUAGCGGCCAAAUGGAGUAUUUUCCAUCCUUACCUGGUAAUAUGAGAUCAAUACUUAGAGGUAGGCAGGAUGGUCAGAAUGUAACAGAAAACCUAGUGGAUUCGGCAAACAUUAGCAAUUUUAUGUCAGGUGCUCCUAGUUCAAAGUAUCCUGAAGAAGUGGAAGUUUCUUCCACUCAAAAUGCUCCUGGACAGCAGCAAGGGGGAGUACCUGGUGCCCAUGAAGUUUUUUCCUCCAGGGGUGUAUGGAAUCAAAACAUGGCUGGCUUACCCUUUGACAGAUCUCAACUUAACAGGUUUCCUCCGAAUGUUGUUUCUGGCAACAUGACUGCAGAAAUUGCUACACAGCAGUCAAUGCAUGCAUCUCUUGUAUCAGGAGGGCAGCCUGCCACAUCUAACUCAUAUCCUGCAGGAGAGCUAGCAUUCUGGCAUCCAGGCCAACUUAGUGGCUCUGAGAGUCAGAAGCUUGGAUUAUCAAAACUGUCUGCUGGAAAAGUUUUGGAACAUGAUGGAGGGAGUUCAAAUAUGUUAGCAGGCACAAAUAAGAUAGCUCAGGUUGGCAGGCAAAAUUGUGCCUCAGAAAUGACUAUGCUUAGAGCCACGGCUCCAAGAGAUCCUGGAAAGUCUCUUGUCUCCCAAUCUGCCACAUUGUCUGGCAUGCCCUUCAAGGAACAACAGUUGAAACAACUUAGAGCCCAGUGCCUUGUUUUUUUAGCUUUCAGAAAUAGGUUGAUGCCCAAGAAGCUGCAUCUUGAAAUUGCGCUUGGAAACAUAUUUCCUAGAGAAGUUGGCAAUACAGAUGGCCCUCGCAAAGAACUAAAUGACCAUAGAGGCAAAGCGCAGACUUCCAAUGAGCUUAGUAGCAUCUCUGAAGUUGCAAUGCCGUUUGGAAGGGUGAAUAAUGCACCUUCAAGUUCCACUUCUAUUGGAAGAUUCUCAGAGCCCGAUUCCUUGUCAAAAGAAGCAGAAAAAUUAAGAAUGGAGGAAAGUAAUGGCCCGAUUUCUGAUCUUUCAGCAAUUGUGGAUGAAAGGAAACAUAUUCUAGCUACAAAGAAGGCAGAGGCUGAAAUUCAGAGCCAAGAGACAGUGGAACCACAGGCAUAUAUAAAUACACUGUCACAACAGCCUGACUCUGCUACCAUAAAGGGUGGUUUUACUGUUAGUAACCCUGUGGACAGCAUGGAGAAUGGGCAUCUGCGAGUUGGUAAGGGUGAUCUAGCCUCUUCUGUGAUGGGUGCUAAUAAGCAGGUGAACCCUGAAAUGAUGGGCUGGUCUGGAAUUGGUUGUCAUAAUGAGAUUUCAAGGGUAUCUUUGCCAGCUGGUGCUGUCCAGCAUGAUUUAGUGCUAGAGAGAAAAGAUACCGAUCCUUCUCAGUUUCGAAGUCCUGAGCAAAAUGAGGAAGAUAAAUCUUUAUCAACUGAUUCAUUGCCUUCUCCAAAGCACACAAUGUUGGAGAAAUGGAUAAUGGAUCAGCGGAGACGGAAGCUCUUAGCUGAGCAGAACUGGGCUCUAAAACAGCAAAAAACAAAGCAAAGAAUUAUUACUUGUUUCACCAAAUUAAAGGAAAAUGUGAGCUCAUCUGAAGAUAUAUCUGCAAAAACUAAAAGUGUUAUAGAGUUGAAGAAACUCCAAUUAUUAGAGCUCCAACGUCGCCUGCGGAGUGAUUUUCUGAAUGAUUUUUUCAAACCAAUUACAAAUGAUAUGGAACGCCUGAAAUCAUACAAGAAACAUAGACAUGGUAGAAGGAUAAAACAACUUGAAAGAUAUGAGCAGAAAAUGAAAGAAGAGCGACAAAAGAGAAUUCAUGAGAGGCAGAAAGAGUUUUUCAGUGAGAUAGAAGCUUACAAGGAAAGACUGGAUGAUGUGUUUAAAAUUAGGAGAGAACGCUGGAAGGGUUUCAAUAAAUAUGUGAAAGAGUUCCAUAAGAGAAAGGAGCGUAUACAUCGUGAGAAGAUUGACAGAAUUCAGCGAGAGAAGAUUAACUUGCUCAAAAUCAAUGAUGUGGAGGGUUAUUUGCGAAUGGUUCAGGAUGCUAAAUCAGAUCGUGUUAAGCAACUAUUGAAAGAAACCGAGAAAUAUCUUCAAAAACUUGGAUCCAAGUUACAGGAUGCAAAGGCUAUAGCAAGCCGCUUUGAGAAUGAUAUGGAUGAGAUGCGAACUGCCAGUGUUGUUGAGAAUGACGCUGUUAUUGAGAAUGAAGAUGAGGCAAAGCAUUAUAUGGAAAGCAAUGAAAAGUACUAUUUGAUGGCUCAUAGCAUAAAAGAAAACAUCAGUGAGCAACCAACUUUUCUUAAGGGUGGAAAAUUAAGAGAGUACCAGAUGAAUGGCCUUAGGUGGCUGGUUUCACUAUACAAUAAUCAUCUGAAUGGCAUUCUUGCUGAUGAAAUGGGCCUUGGGAAAACUGUUCAGGUUAUUUCUCUUAUUUGUUACCUAAUGGAAUGCAAAAAUGAUAGAGGACCAUUUUUAGUAGUUGUACCAUCUUCGGUUCUGCCUGGAUGGGAGUCAGAAAUCAAUUUCUGGGCCCCUGAGAUCCUCAAAAUUGUUUAUGCUGGGCCGCCGGAAGAGAGGCGUAGAUUAUUCAAGGAGAGGAUUGUGCAUCACAAAUUCAACAUUCUCCUGACAACAUAUGAGUAUCUAAUGAACAAGCAUGAUAGACCAAAAUUGAGCAAAAUUCACUGGCAUUAUAUUAUAAUUGAUGAGGGUCAUCGGAUAAAGAAUGCUUCUUGCAAGUUGAAUGCAGACUUAAAGCACUAUCAGAGCUCUCACAGAUUGCUGUUGACCGGAACACCACUACAGAACAAUCUCGAGGAGUUGUGGGCACUGCUUAAUUUCUUAUUGCCUAAUAUAUUUAAUUCAUCAGAGGAUUUUUCUCAGUGGUUCAACAAACCAUUUGAGAGUAAUGGGGAUAAUUCUGCUGAUGAAGCCCUAUUAUCUGAGGAGGAAAAUUUGUUGAUCAUAAACCGUCUCCACCAAGUUCUUCGACCUUUUGUACUUCGAAGGCUGAAGCAUAAAGUUGAAAAUCAACUUCCUGAGAAGAUUGAGAGGCUUAUAAGAUGUGAAGCUUCUGCUUAUCAAAAGCUUUUGAUGAAGAGGGUUGAAGAAAAUCUUGGUGCAAUGGGAAAUUCAAAGGCUCGAUCGGUGCACAACUCUGUUAUGGAGCUUCGUAAUAUAUGCAAUCAUCCAUAUCUCAGCCAGCUUCAUGUUGAGGAGGUUGAUAGUUUAAUACCACAGCAUUAUUUGCCACCAAUUAUUAGACAUUGUGGCAAGCUUGAGAUGCUAGAUCGAUUACUCCCCAAGUUGAAGGCAACUGAUCAUCGGGUUCUUUUCUUUUCCACGAUGACUAGGCUGCUUGAUGUUAUGGAAGACUAUCUCACCUUUAAACAGUACCGCUACCUACGGUUGGAUGGGCAUACAUCUGGGACUGAUCGUGGUGCACUUAUUGAAAAGUUUAAUCAACAAGGUUCCCCCUUUUUCAUAUUUUUACUAAGUAUUCGGGCUGGUGGUGUUGGAGUUAAUCUUCAGGCUGCUGAUACUGUGAUCAUAUUCGACACUGACUGGAAUCCUCAGGUUGACCUGCAAGCACAAGCAAGAGCUCAUAGGAUUGGCCAGAAGAAGGAUGUGCUUGUUUUACGUUUCGAAACAGUUCAAACUGUUGAAGAACAAGUCAGAGCUUCUGCUGAACACAAAUUGGGAGUUGCUAACCAGAGUAUCACUGCCGGUUUCUUUGACAACAAUACAAGUGCUGAAGACCGUAGGGAGUACUUAGAGUCCCUCCUGCGGGAGUGUAAGAAAGAGGAAGCUGCCCCGGUGUUAGAUGAUGAUGCUCUAAAUGACCUGUUGGCCCGCAGUGAGUCUGAGAUUGAUGUCUUUGAAUCAGUUGAUAAACAAAGGCGGGAAGAAGAGAUGGCAAAGUGGAAGAAGUUGGUAUUGGGAUCAGGGUUAGAUGGCUCUAAGCCUCUACCUCCUUUACCAUCUCGUCUUGUUACUGAUGAUGACUUGAAAGAAUUUUGUGAAGAAAUGAAAUUGUAUGACAUACCAACAACAGGGGUACAGCCUAAUGUUGGGGUAAAACGGAAGAGUGAAUCCCUUGGUGGCCUUGAUACUCGGCAAUAUGGGAGGGGCAAACGAGCAAGAGAGGUGCGAUCAUAUGAAGAGCAAUGGACAGAGGAGGAGUUUGAAAAAAUGUGUCAAGUUGACUCACCUGAAUCCCCCAAAUUGAACGAUGCUGUUGAGAGGAACCUGCCAAAAGAUGCUUCAAUGGGGACUGUUAGUAGCACAGAUCCUCAUGCACUACCUCCACCUCCACCUCCACCUCCACCUCCAUCUCCACCUCCACCUCCACCUCCCACACUGUCACAACCACUCCCAAUGGAGCCUGCAAGUCAGUCACAGCAGCACAAUAAAGAUGCAACACCACCAUCUAAACGGGGCCGAGGAAGGCCAAGAAGAGCAACUGCGGAUAAAUCUCCCACCACACCAGUGCUUCCAGCACCCUCUGGAACCAGUAAAGUGGAUAUUGGGUUACAGAAAGGAGCAUAUUCUAGCUCAUCAGCAUCCCCUGCCCCUGAUCCUCAUAAUAAUGCAGGGGCUUCUCUGAACUUGCAGCCAAGUGCACCCUCAGUUUCAGCUACUCCUGGUCAAUCUAACCCACCUGGAUUCUCUCCACCAGUGCAAUCAAAAGGACAAGGUCGAAAGACUCAAACUGGAGGACAAGCACCUCGUCGAAGGGGAAAGAAACAAGAGCCAGCAUUCAGCCCUGCUGUUGAUGGUUUAGCUGUUCCUGCCCCGGAACCAAAUGAGCUAUCUCAGAUUAAAUCAGUUAAUCCACAAGAUAGUCGAUCUGCUGCUAUAAGUGGUACUGUACCUAGUGUUUCCAGUGUUCCCAUGGUCGAGUGCACUAAUACUGUACCUAUUUCUACUGGUGCGUAUUGUACUAGUGGAACCAGUCACCCUUCUGAUGCAGGGGUUAGUUUGAACUCUCAGUCAAUUCCUACUCCCUCUGGUGCCCCAAUUGCUGAAUCAUCUCCUCCUUGCGCUACUCUACCUGUCCAAGUUAAAGGCCAAGGCCGUAAGGUUCAGAGUGGGGUAGGAACACCUCAGCGUAGGGGAAAGAAACAGGCACAAAUAUCAGCUGUUGCUCUGGAUGUUUCUUCUGGUCAGGAUUCAAACUUGAGUCCACUAGCACAGGGUAGAUCUGCAGAAACAUCAAAUAAAGUCAUUGUGAUGAGAGGCAAUCUAGAAAAUGAUUAUUUUGAUCCAACAAAGGUUACUCAAGAGCAAGCACAUAGAACUAAUGCACCUGCUGCUGUAACUGGUCAGGAUCAGCAUUCUACUGAACAUGAUAAUUUAUCACAAAUCAAGCAACCAGAAAGCUCACAGGAAGUGCAUAAUAGUACUGCCAUAACCAUUGGGCCUCCUGUGGGACAAAUUCAAAAUGAUGAAGCACAUGAGAAGGCUUCUGUGAUUACGGAGGUUUUACCUGAAUGCAGCUCUGAAAAAGCUAAGUCUGGUGAGGUAUUUGGUAACCAAGUUGGUAUUGUGCCAUUUAUACCUGUAUUAAGUCAGACCUCAGUAGAAGUGGUAAAGAGUCAAAUUUUAGAAGGUAAAAUGCAUUCAACUAUUUCAACCGCGAAAACAGCAUCUUCAGUUGCUAGUGCUACAACGGAUUCUCUGCCUACAUCAAAUCCUUUAGAAGGUGCCAAUAAAACCAUUCCUACUCCUGGUGCAAAGAUUGCUCCUAGCUCUCAGCCUUUUCCAACUUAUGCUCCUGUUGCUUCAGCACCUCAGUCUGUCCCUUCUUGUCCUACUGAAUCUGUUCAAAGUAAAAGGCCAGGUCGUAAGACAACAAACAGAGCAGAAGCACCUAGGCGUAGAGGAAGGAAACCUGCUAUUCCUGAUACUUCAUCUGGCCAAGACUUGAAAAUAAAUUCUCAACCCCAGAAUAGAUCUAAGGAUUUAUUGGUCAAUAAAGCUACUGUACGGAAGAGUAAUCAAGAUUCUGGCCCUCAUGAACUGGUCAAUGUUGCUCAGGUACAUGCUUCUGAAGUUCAUUCUCCUGGUGCUUCAGUUGGUCAUGAUUCAAAAAGAAAAGUGACUAGUGCAAUUCCAGCAUUUAGUCGAAUUCAAACUGCUGAUGUAAAUGAUGUUGCCCGAGUGAUGAAGGAGAUUUUCUCUGAAACCUGCUCACCAAAAACUAAAGUUGGUGAACCUCCUGGAAGUGAGGGCAGGAAUACUCCUACUGCACCAUUAUCAAGCAAGGCAUUUGAGGAGGUAGUCAAGAACCAAAGUUUAGAUGGUAAAUCAGCUGUCAGCAUACCAGCUCAUGAAAAAGCUGCUGCAGCUUGUGAAGUUCCAGCAGAAAAAUGUAAAAAGCAAUCUGAGACUAAAGCUGAUUCAAAGGGACUGGAGGACAAUGCAUCUCUUGUGGUUAAGACCCCUGUUCAGACAGCUGAUUCUUUGAAACCCAAAUGCAGUACCCAUACUGCCUUAAAUGAAAAUUCAAUUACAGAGAGUAAUAUGGAGGUUGAUAGUACAUGCUCUAAUGCUGGUGACAUGAAAGAUGUGUCUCAAGGAACUCCUGCUCCUGGUGGUGAUCAAAGUGAUUCUAUAGUUCAACCAGACUCUCCCAAUCAAAUGGACCUGCCAACUGCUGAGAGUGAUAAAACCAACAUAGAGCCUGCUUUUAAGGAAUCUCCAAAUGCUGAUAAUACCGGUGAUAAUUCCAGAAUGGUCCCGUCUGUUUCAGGUUCGGUGGUGCCUUCUAGUAAUGAUUCUGAAACCAAAAAAGCUGGUAUGACUGAAAUUUAUUCCAGUAGUAAAGUAGAGCCUUCUUUGAAAGAAUCUCCUAGAGCUUCUGAUGGAAAUAGUAGCAGCGUUGGCCUUGAUGAUAUUCCUGCAGAAACAUUGGUUUCAGAUGAAUGUGCUGUUAAUUUGAGUGGCCUAUCCUUUGUCAAGUCAGACAUGCCUUCUAUCGUUAUGGGGUGCUCUACCGAAGCCGUUGUUGUUGAAUGUCCAGAAGCUUCAGAAAACUCGAACAAUUUUGGAAUUAGUUCUACGGUGGAAGAUACAGCUCGAGCCCGUGAGACUGCUACUUUUAAUGAGACUGCUACUUUGGAUGGUCAAUCUGGUAGCACUGAAGCUAAGGGGGACCCCGUACCAGAACCUGUUCUCUCUAUUGCUACUGAAUCUACUGAUAUACAGCUUGUUCCACGAGAUGAUGGGGCCUUGCAACAACAACCCCUCGUGGUUAACGAUAGGGAGGGUAAGGGUGUUGAGAUUGAUAAUAUGGAAGUAGAUCUCUCUCUGAUUGAAGUGCCCCCUCUGAAAGAUUUUACAGCUGAAUUGCCUAAUAGGGAUCCUGCUCCAGAAGUUGGUGGUGGUAAGCAACUGUCUGCAGGAGUUGAAACUACCAAGGGUGAUUAUGUUGAAGUUUGUGAUGCUGAAGUUAAACCCUUGGAAACACAAUCUGAGCCAGCAAUGCCAUCUUUGGAAAUAGCACUUCCUCUUUCUGAUUGUUUAGAGGACAAGAAAAUUGAGCAGUCCAGGACAGAAGCUGAUGCAAACGAGUCAGAGGAGAAACCUCCUGUUGUGGUUAUGAACCCUAUUACAGAAAGUGUUUGUUCAGUACCUCAGUGUCAGGCUACUACUGGCCCUGCGAACAUUUCAGAUUUCAGACAGCUUUCCUGUGAAAUCUCAAUAACUGAGAGCAGCAUGGAGCUUGAUUGUAAAGUUCAUAUCAAUGCUAGCGAGAAAGAAGAUUUUGCUUCCCAGAGAUCAAAAAGUCCUAAAGGAGAUAGCACUGACCUUACUGUUGGGAUCUCUAGCAAUCAAAUAGAGUUAUCUGUGGCAUCUCCUAGUAAGGUAGACCUUCAUCAGUUGGGUCAAAAUAGUUGUGAAAACAAAACAGAGAUCUCUUCAGAAGAUUCUCUGGCAAUGACUCAUUAUAAUGCUAGUAACCUUGAAUCCACCAUAGACUCUACAAAUGCGAGGGAUGCUUGUAAUCUUUCUGGAGCAGUCCCACCUAGUUCUGUUUUGAUGGAGCCUAAUGUGGCCAGCUCUGAAGACAAAGAAAAAGCUUCCUUGAAAUUUUCAAAGUCAUAUGUGCUUGGUAUUAAUUCUUCAAAGGCCAUUGUUGCUUGUGAUUAUUCUGGAGUGACUGCUGUAGUUCCUUUGAGUUCAGAUCAUGCACUUGCUGGAAGCCUUCCUGAUCUGACUGGAAUUCCGUCUGAAAACAGAUCAGAAUCUUCUGCAAGAGAGUCUUUAGAAUCUUCUUUUAACAAUGUUGAAAGUGCUGAAGGUGCUUCGCAUUCCAUCAAAUUGCAUGAUGUUACUGACCAUCCGAGAGAGUCUUUACCUAUUUCCAACUGUCCAGAAAAGUCAGGCACGGUGGACACACCUGCUAUGUUUGAGAACAAUUCUGAAUGUGAAUCAGAGCCUUGUCCAGAUGAGUCAGGCACAGAGAAUGCACCUGCUAUGGUUGAGAACAAAUCUGAAUGUGAAUCAGAGCCUUGUUCAGUUAAGUCAGGUAUGGUGGAGGUGCCUGCUAUGGCUGAGAAUAAUUCUGAAUUUGAAGCAGAGCCUUCUUUGAAAUCAUCUCCUGCCCUUAAUGCUGAAACCCUUGGAAGUGCUGCAAUAUCCUUGAGGCCUGAUGUUGAUGAUGUUCCUCCUAUGACUUCAAAUAUUUCUCCAAGUCCUGUUCAUUCAGGCAUGGUGGAGCUUCCUGCUAUUACUGAGAAUGAAUUCGGAAAGGAAACAGUACCUUUGCAAGAGUCUUUACAAACCUCUGCAACCAAGAGAGGAAGCCUUGAGGCUCUCAAUAUUUCCACUAAAUCACAUUCACUUGGUGAUUAUUGCCGAGAAGCCGGAGCUGCUGAAUGCUGUCAUGAAGCCAUUAUUGGUGGUCCAGAAAUUUCCCAAAAAUUUGAUGAUCAUGGAGCUGCCUCUCUGGUGGCUGAUAUGGCAGCAGGCAACAAUCAGGUUUUGGAUGAGGCUUCCGAUAAUGUGGAUGGUCCUUCUAGUGGGAGUGAAAAUAUGAGGAACUCGGUAUCAGACCCCAUCCACUUGGUUGCUUCUGUAUCUACUAAUAUAGAACUUAUGCCAAAAGAUGAUGAGUUGCAAUGGGCAUCGGCUGGGGGAGAUGGCAAUUCUGUUGAUGUUAGCAAUAAGGAAGCAGAACCCUCUGGACAACCAUCAUCCUCUUUGAAGGAUUUUGAUGCUGAAUCUGCUAAUGUAGAUUUUGUACCUGGGGAUCUUGGUGAGGUGAAUCCCUCUUUGGGAAUUGAGAGUAUUGGAGGCAAUAACGUUGACAGGGAUGUUAACCCAUUGGAAAUGGAAGCAUCCAUGGAGAAAGAUAUUGCAGAGGAGUUUGUUCCAGGAGAUCACAGUAAAAUGCAUCUUCAAGUAGGAGUUGCAAGUAAUGAAGGUGAUAGUAUUCAGGUUGGAAACACAAAAGUUGACCCCUCAGAAGAACAUGCAACUUUAUCAGAAGUUACCACCAAGGAGUCACCAAAGGGAGAGCAUGUUCUAAAAGAUCAAUCUCAAGAGCUCCCAGGAAUAGAAAGGACAGAGGCUGACCAUGUUGAGGCUUCUACUGUUGAACCAAACUCCUCAGAAGCACUUGCAUCUUCACUGCAAUCUGGCGAUUCUGAUGAUAAAGUGCUUGUUCAGAGGUCUAAGGUUGAUAUUAUUGAGGGCUGCAAUGUGGAAUCAAAUCCCACAGAAGGACCAUCCUCGUCACAAGUCAUCCCUGAUGAAUCUGCCAAUCCAGAGCUUAGACAUAAUGAUCAUGUUAUAACUCAGCUCCAAUCGAAAGAUCAUGCUGAGGCUUCUCAGCAGCCUAAGGUUGAAAGUGCUGACGUCUCCAAUAUGGAAAUAGACCCCACUGAAACAAAAGUGGAAGAUCAUGCUGAGGCUUCUCAGCAGCCUAAGGUUCACAGUGCUGAUGUCUCCAAUAUGGAAAUAGACUCCUCAGAAACAAAAGUUCCUUCGCCGUGCACAGAUGAAACUAAUGCAUAGAUUUACCUUGGAUGAUGAAGUUUGGCAGGGAUAUUAGCGGUCAAAUCAUCCACGAAGAGUUUUUACAUCGAGGAUCAAACGUUUAUGAAGGAUUUGAGCAGGGGGCUUUUCCUGAGUAAUGAUAAGUGGUUUUCACUGCAGGAUUGAUCUGAUAAUUUUUACGAGACAAAAUGAAAAUGAUGUGGAAAAAAGAUGUUAAAGUGUAUGCUUAUUUGGUAAAAAUUAAAAAAAUUUAUUGUGAUUGAUGUUUAUAAAUGUAUCCAUAGAUAUAUCUGGUAACUUAAAUAUAUCUUGUAAAAAUUAAAAAAAUAUAUUUGAUGAUUGAUGU